AUAUAACAUGGGGCUAGAAGUUUCCAGUAUGGAAGUUUAUAGUAUGAAUAGUUCCAGGAGGGAAGAUUUCAGAAAAGGAAUAGAGAGGGUGAGCCAGGCAAAGGAACAGGUAAAUUAUUUAUGAGUCUUAUGGGUAUCAGAGAAUUCCCCCAAACCACAGGUUAUUGAGCCUACCACAACUUGUGUGCAAGAAAUGAAUCUGCAAACAUCAACCAGGCCAUGUAUAUCUGGAGAAGAAGGUAUACAUAAAAAAGCACUAUAGAAGAUGGAUCAAAGCUGACUGUGGAGGUGGGACAACCUGUUAGAACAUUAUUGAAAUAUUCUCUCCAGGUAUUAGGGAGGUGGGACUUUAGCUGAGAUUUGAAGAAAGCAAAGGGAGGCGUGAGGCAAACAUGAGAAAGGACAGCAAUCCAGGGGCUAAGCUCGAGUCGCAGGAAGGGAGAAGAUCCAGGAAGGUUCGGGUGGAGAAGGUGAACCAGGAGGGCGAGGAAGCCGCUGCGGUAAAGAGUUUACCUGGGAAUAAAGCUGACCAGGAGGAAGAGGAGGAAGGAGGCGGAAAAGGAAGAGGGAAAGCCGCGGUCCGGGGCCAGCCUGCCCUGCCCUGCCCCGCCGGCUUGGGUCGGGCCAGGACCAUGCAUUCCGGGAGCAAGGUGAAGAGCGAAUAUAUGAAGCGCUACAAAGAUCCCAAGUGGGACACGUGGGGCUCGUGCUACCGGGAGCUGCUGCACUAUCGCCUGAGCCGGCGGCUGCUGGAGCAGACGCACAACCCCUGGUUAUGGGACGGCUGGGGACCGUCUACCAACUCGGACGAUUCUUCGUCUUCCGGGGGUGGCGGGGCCUCCUCGCCCCUGUGCCCCCCUGGAGCUUCGGCCUUGUCUCCACCUCCGUCCCCACCCAAGUCCCUAAGAGAGGGAGCGGAGUCGGGAGUGGAGGAUAAGGGGUCCGAGGUCUCUGAGGACGAGGACGCUGCCAGCCUCCCAGAAACACCUGGGAAAGAUAUACAAGGAAAAAAUAAACAGCAGAGGGAAGCAAAAGAACAACAGAGAGAAGUGAAAGAUAAGUUACUGGAUACUACUGAGCAUCCUCAACAACGUGCCUUGCUUGCUAAAGCAGAGAAGAAACCAGCUAAAAGUCCUCAAAGACCCAGUAAAACAAAAGAAAUCAAACAUCCAUUUGCUCUUUAUGGCUGGGGAGAAAGACAAACAGAUACUGGGAGCCAAAAAACACAUAAUGUAUGUGCUUCUGCUUCGGCACAACAGAUUCAUGAGUCAGCAUUACGAGCCAAGAAUAGAAGACAAGUGGAAAAAAGGAAACUGGUCACUCUGAGGCAGAGAGCCUCUUCUGCAGAUGUGCAGAAACCCAGAAGGAUCAAGCCUUCCUCUGCAGAUAAUCCAUGGAUGACAGAGUACAUGAGAUGCUACUCAGCAAGAGCUUGAUGAAAGAAAAAUGUGCUUAGAUAACCUCAUUAAAAACAACAGGACAUUGGUUUAGGAAACCAAA